GCAAAAAGAGAGUUUGGGAGACUGGCAGGAAUUGAAAGAGGGUUUUUUUGUAUGUUGUGUAUUUUGUUUUCUGCAUGGCGAUCCCACAAUCUCCUUUCACCUAAAAUUUGGACUUAAAACAAAACUGGGGGUGGGGUGGGGGACUUCUGCUUAGCAGUCUGCAUCGUCCAAAGACAUGCCGUUCAAAAUGUCUCGGAUGAAUCCUGACCACAAGCUUGGAGAGCCUGGCGCUGUAGCCUGAAUUUUAACGUUGGAGGGGGGGACGGUUAGUUCCGAAACCAGGUUUGGGGAGGAUUCCGAUUAUGGAUGGCAGAGACUUUGGCCACCACCGUACAGUCCACGUCCCGUCGCCCUUGCUUACCGGCCUGGGUAUGGAGGCGCACAGGGUGGGCGCUCAGGCCGGCAGAAUCGGCCCGUCCGCCGGCCACAUGAGCUCGGCGCUUGGCACUCAUCUGCCGCCGGCCAAGUACCUCUCGUCCCCGGUCUCAGUACACGGCCAUUCGGGUGAUGCCUACCCCGGUGGCUCAACUCCUUUUCUUGGGGGUUUCGUCGCCAGUGGCCUAGGGACCUCGACUGCACCUCAUGGAACCCCUGCUCCUUUGCCCUCUGACCCUUCCUUCCGUGGACCCACCCCCACAAAUAUCCAGAUGGCACAGCUCUGGGUCGCGCACCCUCCUGAAGGUUACUCGCACCUGUCCAGUGGUCUUUACCCUCCUUAUAUUCCACUUGGGCAUUUGGAACACCCAAGCAGCGGCAGUCCAAUUCUAGCUCAACUCAGCCAGCACAGCCUGUUCGAGUCUCAGAAAGAAGGAUAUUACUUACACAGCCACGCAGGACAAUCAGCCCUUCAUGGUGCUGCGCACCCGCAAACCGCCAUCUCCAGGACGACAUCCAGUCACGGGUCAGGCUCAAUCCUGAGAGAAAAGGAAAUGUGUCAUCUGCAGAAAAGCGCGAAAGAGUCGGAGAGGUAUGCAGCGAAAGACUCAAAAGAAAAAGUAUACAGGACUGAGGUCAACAUAAACAUGGCUAAAAAGGAGAAGUCCAGGGAAGAAUCUCGGCCCAGGAGUGUGGUGGACCUCACACAAGAUGGAAGGACGGAUAAUGAUAGGAGGAUCCAUCUUCUUGACAAGGCUGCCAAGGCCAGUGAACAUCACUCUACGGUUCUUACCAAUCACUCUCCGAACCGGGGAACUGGGAAUGGAGAGCCAAAGUCGAAGAAUCCUCUGCAGACCCUGUCUCUCAGUAAUUGUAACAGUGGCUCCAGUUCCUCACUGAGACUCCCCAUCACCGAACAGGACAGAUGCUCCAAAGACUCUGCUAAGCACGACGAGAAUAUGCGACCUCUGCUGCACGCCCACACAGAAAAGACACGCAAGUGUGACACUGUGGUGACCUCGGUUGGCACUUUGCACGUUUCCUGUGGCUGUCCAUCACCCCACUCCUCUCAAACCGCACGGAUGCCAUCUUCGAGCACAUUCCCUCCUCUUCCUGUCCAUUCCAGUAUCUACACAAUCUACCCCACUGCCAGGGAGCCGGGAAAGGAACAUAAAGUUAUUGCACCUACCUUUGUGCCUUCGGUUGGGUUUUAUGAGAACAGAAACGGGCCCAUUCAGAUCGCUUCUCAGGCUAGAGACAAUAAGAGCGACAAGUGUAAAGACAAGGAUAUGAGCAGAGCGACUAGUGAUAGAGCAGGCAGUUUGCAGUGCCCCUCAGAAAGGACACUGGUGGAUUCCUCCCGGUUAAUGGUGACACAGGAUCUGCCUGCACACACAGAGAGUAAAAGGGUAGACAAUGUGAGGGAGGAAGGGUCGGUGAUUAGGUCCAACUCUUCAGCAAUAAAGAGGCCUGUGACCUCUGAACUGUUCCUGAGCAAACCAGGCCUCAGUCCUUCGGAAACCAGGGACCUGCAUUCGAGCGGCGCCCUGUCGAAAGACUCCGCGAGGUCAAGUUUUGAGGUCGAUCACAGAAGCCAGGAGCGUGAGCGAGCCCAGAGGGCCGGCUUGAAGGAUUCCCCGAAGGUUUUCAAUGGGGUGGACGUCACCAGGCUGCACUUGGAGCAGUCCCAGCUGAAGCGCUCGUGCACCCCGGAGCCAAAAUGGAAGCCAUUCGAGAUGGCCACCUACGCCACCACUCAGAUGGCGGCGCUGGCCGCCCAGCACGGCCACGGCAGCAGAGCGGACGAGGAACAGAAGAAAACCUUCCUGGACCCCACGGGCCUGCAGAGGUCGGCCGUGGCGGGCACACCCAGCGAGGUCUCGGCCAUGCAGAGCCUCAUCAAGUACAGCGGCAGCUUCGCCAAAGAGACCGCGGGCCGGCCCGGAAGCGGCAAGAAGAGCCCGUUCGGCGGACUCGGCAACGUGAAGACGGACUCCGGUCAGCACGGUGUGUCAAAGAUGCAGCACCUACCCAUUCAGCAGCUCAGCAAACAGCUGAAGAAAGACCCGGAGAGGCCAGAGAGUGCCAAAUCAAUGCAGGGCGAGGUGGAGGUGAGGCAUCCGCCUGUGGGCAUUGCAGUGGCAGUGGCCAGGCAGAAAGACAACAGCAGCAAACCAGGAGCUGGCGUGAUUGACAGGGAUCGCUCGCUGUCUAUGAACAACAUGAAAGGUAAGAUGAUGAACGCCAUGGCUUCAACAGUCACUCAGUCGGGUGACCUCUCUGUUCCUGUGUUAAUUGUUGAAUGCGUUAGAGUGUUUGAGGUACAGGGUCACCCCAGUGCCAAGGAUGGCUGUGGAGGUCUGACUCAUCCAUCUUUACACCAGGGAAUGCCCCCUGGCUUUCACCCCAGUAUUCCCGGCUCAAUCCCCUCAACGUACCAGUUUGCAAGAGAUCCGCAGUCUGGCCAGCUGGUGGUGAUCCCGACGGAGCAUUUACCACACUUUGCAGAGUUAAUGGAGCGGCCGCUGUGGCCUUCGAUGUACCCGCCGACAGGGAGCUCCCUGCAACAUGCUCAUCAACUCCAGUUACUAUCACAACAGCAGCUCCUGCGGCAGCAUGAGCUCUACAUGCUGCAACAACAGGCGGCCCACGCCAUGGAGAUCCAACGCAACGCGCAGCUCGUGGAAAGACUGAAAGCGAACGAGCAGAGAAACGAGAUGGAAGACAAAGUGUGCAAGAGAAGCUCUGAGGGAAGCAAGCACAGCCUCGUGACCUCCUCGACGGGGAUUUUACAGAAACGGCUCUCGUCGCAUUCGCCGGUGCCGUCCACGUCCUAUCACAAGACGAGCACGCCACCUCCCUCAUCACAUACCUCAUCGCCCAGGCUAAAACUGAAAUCUGACGUGAGAGCCGAGAUGGAGGAUCCGUUACCCCCACGGCCUUACCAUUCGCCGUCUCCGGCCUCCCAUCCGCCCAGCCCUCCACACGGCUCACCGCCUCCAGCCCCAGCCCUACCCCAGAAAGUGGAGGCAUCCGAAGAGUCUGAGAAGAAAGGCUUGGAGAAAGAUUCUUCUGCUCCUUUUCAAGCCCUGUUUCCUGAGAUUCCUCAAGGAUAUUCUUACCGCUCCCUUCCAACCUCUUUUGGCAGCCAUUACCCCUACCUCCUGCAGCCUACUGCUGCAUCUGAUGCUGAUGGUUUGGCAUCUGAUGUACCACUGCCAGAGGCCUCUGAGCCCAGGCCCUGUUCCAUUGCCCCAUCCUCACCUGACGUUAAGCCGAUACACUUGCACCCCCCAGCAGUGCAAGAGGACUUGCGGCCCAGCAUAGCUGCAGAGCCGAUGGAGAUCAAAGUGCAGUGUGAAGAUCUGAUUGAUCUUGAGAACAGCAAGGGCCUGUGUGAUCGACACCUCGAAGGGCAGAGCAAACCUGGGCCGUUUGGUGGAGAAAUGACAGACGAGCCAACUGACCUGACCACAGAACACAAAGCCUCACCUCCCAUAGAGAGCCAGGAAGACCACCAAAACUGUCAGUCACCUUACCAGACAAUAGCAUGCACUCCUGAGGAGGAAGUCAAAGCUGAACAGGCCAGCUCUCCUCUCGGUGACUAUCAAACUACAAAGACGAAUUCUGAGGUGGAGAGUUCACAAACCGAGGAAUUGCCGGAGCACACUGAUCACUGUUUUAAAACUGAGCAAGCAGAUACCGAGAGCAACGUUGAAGAUACAUUACAUGCCACACCUUUGAAUACAGCAGAGCAGUUUGAGCUGCAUUUUCAGAUCACCGAGAAUCACCCACCGGAGAUAAAGCUGGAUGAUCCAAUGGCUGGCAUGAACGCUCUGGUAGCCGCUGUUGAGCUUCCCCAAGCAUGCUCCUUACCUGUUGAGACAACCAUGCCCAGUGUCCUCACCAUGCCUUCUGACUUCAAUACAGCAGAUAGCUCCUCCCUCAUUGGCAUUGCGCUGCUCAGUGAGAUUGCUGAACUCGAACUAGAACGGCGCAGAUCAAGUGGUGUCAAUAAACGGUUGGAAGGUGGAGGGAGCCAUUUGGAUUUGGAAAGCCUCCUUGUUGCCAGCACCCAGGCACUCAUGAUGGACUCCAUGCCUUCGAUGAGCACUGAGAUAUUUGAAGAUACAAAGAGUGGACCGGUGACAAUCAGGCUCCCUCGAGAACUAAAUCCAAACAAGAGGUACAGCUGGAUGCAGAAGAAGGAUGAACCUAUGUUCUCCAUUAAAUCUGCCAUUGAGGGGAUGGAUGCCAUGGAGUUGGAUUACAGGAUGAAGCUGGCAGAACUACAGAGGAGAUACAAGGAGAAACAAAGGGAACUGGCCAAGCUCCAGAAGAGGAGAGACUCAGAAGAAAAACGGGAUGAGAAAAGUAGGAGUUUGUCGCGGAGAGGACCUGGAAGGCCGCGAAAGAGAAAGCAUGGCUCAAGUGCUCCGUCACCGCAUGUUGAUAGAGGGCGAAGUGACAGCAAGAGUGGGAAGCAUGGGAAAGGUUUCUCACUCUCCGAUGAGAUGGAGAUGGCCGAGGGUGCCAGGAAGAAGGUGAGGACGGCAGCCCAGGAUGAAGAUGAUGAGGUGGAAAGCGUGAGUGUGAGAGUGAAAGGGAGAAGUCGCAUGUGGGAUGAGCAAGAUGCAUCUUCGAGCUUUUCACACGAGAGCCACGGCCAGAUUAAGUUCAAGAAGAAGAGGAAGGUCAGUGAACAGGACCAGCUGGCGACCAAGCUACACCAAACCCUCUCGCUAACUAAAUUAAAGUCACCCUUUAAGUUUGCAGAUGGUUCAACAGGGAAGCAGAAAUGUAGCGUCAUGGAUAACUGCAGGCACCUGGGCUCCCAUAAAGACUUUCUGGGGAAAGACGGAAGGAAGGCACUACAUAAAGCCAUCGGCAGCUCACCGAGCAUGCUCCCUUCCAAAGAAAGCAAAAGCAAAAUGGCAGCCAAAGGCAGGAAGUUGGAGUCAUGUUCAAAGUUGAAGGGUAGGCUGAAGACGUCCCAUUCUCCGGCAAGAUCAGAGGUCAGCAGUUACUCCUACAAUACUGACACAGAGGAUGAGGAGGAGCUGGUAAAGGAUGAAUGGCCGCUGCAGCCCACCUCAAGUAUGUCUGAGCGAUCAGGCUCCAAGCCGAAGGCACCUGCUCUCUAUGGCAUAAUAUCAAAGAAAAGCAAGGCUUCACUGGGCACAAAGCAGGCCAAAAGACUAGCGUCUGCCACUGGGACUAUGCGAUCGCAACGAGCGACCGACAAGAAAAAUCUGAAGCACUUUGCCUUGCUAUUGGAGGAAGCCGAGGGUGGAUCUUCCUUCAGUGACAGUUCGGAGGACUCAUUCAAUCAAGAUUACACCUCUGAAGAAGAGGAUUAUAGGAAUGAUUGCAGUGAUGCUCUUUCCUCGCCAGUCCUGGAUGAGAGUGGUCUUGGCCUACUAGCCAGGUUUGCAGCCAGUGCCCUGCCAAGUCCUGUUAUGACUCCGCCAUUAUCAGUUGUCCAGCUUGAGGCCAAGCAGAAAGCUAAGAAGAAGGAAGAAAGGCAGAACUUGAUGGGCACGGAAUUUGAAUACACAGACUCCGAGAGUGACGUCAAAAUCAAACAGAAACCAGCUGUUUUACCACGACUGAAGAAGUCACUUCCAGAGCAAGGGAGCAGCCUGAGUCUGGUCAAUGAGCAGCAAAGCCAGGACAAGCUGAGGGGAGCCGACAAGGGGAAAAAGGCCAAGAAGCCAAAGGAGAAGUCUCCCCGGGAGUUCACCUUUGACUUUGGCCCCGAAGCCAGCGAUGACGACCUGUGGAACCGACGAAGGAGCGAGAGGAUUUUCCUCAACGAUGCCAGCGCUUCUGCCGUUCUGACCCCAACAGCCGCUCCCGGCGUGGCCCCAGGUGCCAAAACCAGCCGCUGCCUCAAGAACUCAGCGGUCAGCCCAAAGAAAGAGACGAACAGAGCAAAAGACAAGAGAAAGAAAGGGAAGGAGCCACUGUCUCCAGGCUUCCCUUCAUCCCAGAUACCGAGUAACCUGUCUGAACCCAGGGCCAACCUCCUGCGCAGUGCGAGCCCCGGCAAAAAGAACAAAGUAAAAGUGAAAGCAAAGGAUGGAAAAAAGGAGGCACGUUCCAAGGGCGGUGCUGUCAGUAAACUCAUGGAGAGUAUGGCAGCUGAUGAGGAUUUUGAGCAGAAUCAAGAUAGCAGCUUCUCUGAAGAUGAAAACCUACCUUUGAGCAUGCUGAUUGAGAGGCCUUCGACACCAGCUCUUCGCUCGUGCGUGAUUGACAAAGAUGAGCUGAAGGAUGGCCUUCGGGUGCUGAUUCCAAUGGAUGACAAGCUGCUGUAUGCUGGAUAUGUGAAAACUGUCCACUCUCCGGAUAUAUAUCGUGUGGUUGUAGAGGGAGAGAGAGGAAACCGUCCUCACAUCUACUCCUUGGAGCAGCUCCUACAGGAAGCGAUCAUUGAUGUUAAGCCGUCCUCUGUGAGAUUGUUACCUGAAGGAACCCGAAUUGCUGCCUACUGGAGCCAACAGUAUCGCUGCCUGUACCCAGGAACUGUUGUCCGAGCUUACUUCAUCUUUCUGCAGAGGAGAGGAAUGAAGGGCAAAGCAAAGAAGCUCUUCUACAAAGCGAUUGUCAGAGGCAAAGAAAUCAUUCGCCUUGGGGACUGUGCUGUCUUCCUGUCUGCCGGUCGUCCCAACCUCCCGUAUAUUGGUAGGAUUCAAAGCAUGUGGGAGUCCUGGGGUAACAACAUGGUGGUGCGAGUCAAAUGGUUCUACCACCCAGAAGAGACCAACCUGGGCAAAAAACUCAACGAUGGCAAGCGUGCUUUGUACCAAUCCUCGCACAUAGACGAAAACGAUGUCCAGACCAUCUCCCACAAGUGCCAGGUGGUCAACCUUGACCAGUACGAGCUGAUGGCCAAGACCAAGAAAUACCAAGACAGUGAGGACUUAUACCACUUGGCCGGAACCUAUGAGCCAACCACAGGCAUGAUCUUCAACACAGAUGGUGUGCCCAUCAUUUGUUAAAGAAUACAGGAAGGGCUGAGUGGCAACAAGAAUCCGAGGCCUUUCAGGGAACAUCAAGUAAAGAGGGAAUGAAGCAUUGGAACUUCCCAGGAGAAAAAGUAGUGGCAACCAUGGCUUUCCCUCUUCCGGUCCAUAGCUUAUUUUUCUGUUGCCAGAACGGGCCUUCAGCGGUGCAGGGAAAGUUAGCUAACCUGUGUUCACAACCAGCAAGACUCCCCACAGACAGGUUUAUGCACUUAAUAGGAGCAAAUAGGAUGACGUCAUUUUCCUGUCUAGUCGGACCGUUUUUUGGGUCACCAGGACUAUGCUCCCGUGGUGGGCGGCCACUGCCUGCUGAUUGACGUCACGUUUGAAUACAAGAAGGUCAAAGGCCUCAGUUCUACUUAAGGCUGAAGGGCAUCAUCUGUGUUUUUUUCGAGCAUGUUGACAAAAGAGAAACAAGUUUUAGAACAGUUACUAUAUUAUUGUAUUUUUCUACAGCACAGAUUGAUUACUUCCUUCUCAGCUUCACUUGCUUCAGCUGGGGGCAGGGAAGCACUUUUAUGUACAGUUGUCAGAAUGGUCUACUCACGUCCUGUAUCAAAUAGCUGAAUGGAGUCUUUUCUAAUGACUGUGAAAUAUGACCUAUCAGAGAUAUGAGAGAGUUAAGCUCUAUUAAUAGCUCGUGAGACCAAUGAACUCUUCCAGGGAUGGACAGUUGUAAAUUCACAGUGAACUCGAACAGUAUUUUGCCAAGGUGACAACUAAGCAAGGAGACAAUAGUGUUGAUGGAGAGCACUUAUUUCACUGCCGAAUGCCUUCUAAGGAGAGGUGAUCACCGACAAUCGAGAGUGAGGAGAGAGAUUUUCACAUUGUAUUUGUGUACAUAGAUACUUAUAUGUGUUGUAUAGACAAUUACAACUAACCUUUGAAUGCCACUCGCAGUUCACUCCAUAUUGGUAUUAACUGCAGAGAUUCAUGUAAGGCCUCUUUUGCAGGGAAAAUAUGCGAACCACUUGCACUUGAAUCCACGUCAGUGGAACUACAGUAUACUUCAUGUAUUGGGAGCCUAGUGCACUGUGGGAAUUUGUCCUCCUUGAGCAUCUCGCUAGCCACAUUCCCACAGUGCACUGCACCACUGAGCAUCCUCAGUGGAGACAGCUGACCUUUGUGCCCAGAAGUGUUCAAACUACAUCAAAUCCCCCCACCAAAUGGAUUAUUUGUGGCUCAGAAUCGAUUGAAAUUUAGAACAUGUCUAAAACUAAAUAUUGCAGGAGCUUAUGUUGAAUGAUAUCAACGAAUUUGUAAUGCACCAGAAGGAUAUCUCUGUUGAACAAGAUGGUUUUUUAAAAGCUACUCAGAUGUUACCAUAAAACACACACUGGUGCCUAAGAUCGUUAAUCACAGUCGCUUCAUCUUUUGCAGUUACAAAAUUGAGGCAAUGCCUUGAUUUUCAGUGGGAUGCACAGCUAAGAUCAUUCUAACAACAAAAGCAAACUGUGGGAAGGGUUUUUGACACUAGUCACUUCUGACCAGCCCUUUAAUUAAAGAAGAAAUCAAAUUAUUUUGCCAUUCUUUUCAGUGCCCCACUGCAAAGUGGUCUGAAAUAAUUCACCCCAAAACUUGUUAAUUUUCAUUGUGAUGUUAUCUUAUUCCAAAAGCUAUAUGGUUUGUUCUUUUUAACUGUACACAAGGUAUUGGAAAUAGCAGUGGGCCUGACUAUGGGUCUGUAAAAAAACAAAACUUAUUUUCACCUGACACAAAAAAAACCAAACUGUCUCUGAGCUUUCAGAACAUGAGGAGUUCUCAGUCACGUUAUGAGACAGACUGCUUCCUUAAAAUGUAACGCACACUUGUCGCUAUAGCAACCAAUUCUUAUGGUACAACUAUCAUUUUGUUUCAUCACCUUUUAAUUAACCUGUAGAUUCCCAAGGAACUGCAAAUACAAUUUUAAUUAACACUGUGAAAGACAGUCUAGUUUUACAUGGCCAUUGUUUGGUAAUUUAUUGCAGCUCUUCUGAUAGCUUGUGCAACUUUUUUUUAAAUUUGAAUUCAUCAGUGUUUUGUGGGUUUUGUAAAUGAAAAGCAUGUUGGGUAGCAGAAAUAAAACAAACUUUCACCGGAAUUUCAAUUUGAAUUGGUGAAAUAAUUAAUGAAAUUAUUUUCAGGCAUAAUUCCAAAAUAAAGGAAGAAGGGCUGGGAACGAGAACAUUUUAGCCAGAGGUAUGAUGUCACUGACAGUGAAUGAAUAUAGGACUGCUCAACCAAUACAAUACUGCCUGCUUUGGUCUCCCUCCCAAAUUGAAUUUACCCCAGUGUCUCAUUGAAGUGUUUACUGGGGUCCACAAUGCAUUUGUUAUCCAUCGUGGUAACCUGUUUCAUUGUUAGACAACUACCAGGUUUAAAUUGAAGUCCCUCAGUGUCCGAGUAUAAAUCUGUUGUAAGACAGAAUGCUCUGAAAAUUAUGUAUUUUGUCAUGCGGCCAGCAAAAAUCUUUUGAAGAAUUUAAUGUUCUGAAGGUGAAACAUAUUGGAAUGACUCUGUUUAACAGUUGCUGGGCUACGAAGUUGGGUUGUUUUGUAUGUAUUAGUUGGGUAUCUGACUCGUGUUGUGUAACCCUGGGCUAGUGCCCUCUGGAAGAAAUUGCCCCAAUUAUUUGUGCAUGUUCAACACAGGUACAAAGAACUGUAGUUAUCAGAAAGCUGAAAAAAAUGCAAAUUACGUUCAGUCUGUGUCUGAACAAAACCACAGGUCAUAUUUUAAGCUGUAAUCUCUUCAUCAGUUGCUGAACCUCCAGCAUUUACUGGUUUUAUUUGUUAUCUCUCUAUUGCCUGCUUCACCCAAUCAUAUUGGGGUUUUUACUUUGAUAACCAACACUUCCUUUUAAUGAUAGACCCAAACUCAUAAAUUUGUCCAUUUCAGAUUCCGCCAGGAUGACAAAUAACGUAAAGCUAAGGGAUUGGCCAUUUUGAUAAUAUUAUCACUUCACUCCUGGCAUUGUCUGUCUCAAGCCUGUCGCAACAGAUCACAUAGCACAGAGGAAGAUUUGCACAAUACCCUUUGCGACGUUACAACUCCUGUUGAAAAAUAAAUGGAAGCUUAGAAUAGAGUUCAUAACAGAAUCAGGAAUCCACAAUCAGUGGAUAGAAUUGAUACAUUAUGAAUAAUUCCUUGAUUUUGAAGCUCUUGUAAUUAUAUAUUUUUUUAAAUAAAGGAUUCUAAAAAAAGGUCUUACAAUCAGUGAGACUUUAAUGGAUAAGAAUUUUGCAGAACUUUUGUUUUCCUUUUUAAUUUGCGUUCUUUCUCAUUAGUAUUCCUGCUGUUCAUGUGCUUCCUUGUGGGCACUUGCCCAGAUAUUGUUUCCUGUAAGUAACAGGAGAAUUCAAUGAAGUUUACUUCAUGAUGUUGACAUCAAGGCUCAUCUCGUCACAGGCCAGGACAUGUCCCACUUAGGCACCAGGCCAAAAACUGUUGGAACUUUUCACUUUUUUGUGAGUGGCAUACUUAACGCAUCAGGAAGCUGGCACCUUAACAGCUGCAGGCAACUGCUAAACCAGAAGCAGGCAACCGUUCUAGCAGUACCACCUGUUGGCAUUGAACACAGCUUCAUUCUAAACACUACCCACACUCAUCAGCUGGAAUGUUUCAAUUUAAACCACCAUUGUUUCCAACAUUGCCUCAGAGCCCUGCUUUUUGGUCACAAGUGUAUGUUUCACAACUGACUCUUACUACAAUAAGGACACUGCAGAUUACUAUCUGGGAAAGGUGGCUCCAAAUCACCAAACAAAAGGGUCAAUUUAUAAUCUGCCACGUUGUCAAAAAAAAAAACACUAUUUUUAGAAAUAUGUUAAGAAUAAAGAAUAAGCUAUGUAUUUUGUUCUACAAUGGCAUCACAAGUUCAAAGAUCAUUUUGCUAAGGUUAAACAGAAAGGUUGAAUUUCCACGUUUCUUUAGACUGCUGGAUGUACCCUUUAUUUCUUUAUCCAUUAACAAGAUGAGGGUGUCACUGGCUGGACGGCAUUUAUUGCUGUACAGUUAUAACUAUACAGUUUAGGGUCGAUUGGCAAUUUCUCUGAGACAAGUGACCACAUUUUCCAAAAUGUCUCACUGGCUCUCAGGCACUUUGGGGGGUGGGUGAGAAAUCGAGGAUUUUUCAAAAAUAAGGAUUUUUAUCAGACUUGGAGAUGUCAGACUGGUGCUGUGGCAGGGUAAAAUAAGAAGGCAUUUCCCCAUUGGAUCUGACCCACUUUAACCUGAUAGGUACCUGCGGGUCAUUAAAGGGAAAUAACAGACCUUAGUUGAAUGCAAAACUUGUGAUGUCGGCACACGGUUUUUUUUCCCAAGGUAAAAUAUGAUGAGUUAUCCAAAUGCAACUAUAGCCUCUUACUACCAGUGAUUUCUAGCAUUGCAUACAGACAUCAACAGGAAAAUAGUUCAAAAUGACACUUUAAACCCAUCCUAUAACCAGCUCCUACUAUAAUGUGGAGGAUUGUACCAAUAUUGUUAAUGAGCCACUAUCUCCUUUCCCCCUUUCAAAAAAAAACUCCUCACUUGUAAAAGUGCAAUACUGUUGACUGACUGGAUUCUCUAAAGUAGCUGCUAGUGGAAGAUUAAAGAUUUUUUGUAAUUUUGAUUACCAUGAAAAUAGAAAAACAAAGAGCAGGCAGGAGGCUGGUCCACCUUGAGUCCUUGCUCUAUGAACUUCCUCUAACAGUCAGUGUGUUCUGUUAUGUGUAAAACAGUUUUAAAAAUAAUACAAUAGUUAAAAGGGGUUUAAAAAAUUAUUUUGGAAAUUUAAAAAAAAGGCAUCAAAACAUUUUGUAAAUGAGCUGUUGGGGGUGGGGGGAUCAUGUUUUGAUUCUGUUUGUAUAAACAUUUAAUCUUGCGUGUGUAAGGGGAAACACUGAUAGUGUAUAAAACUCACUUACGUGGAACUUUUUAUUGAUACUUCAGAGUUUUACAAAAUGUUCCUUUUGAAGCAUUUUAGUAACUCAGAUUUUUAUACUUUAUUCAUCAAUAAACUGAAUAUUAAAA